UGAUUUCUGAAGUUAAACCACAUGAGAAAAAGAAGUUCAUAUCCGAACUUCAGAAAGAACACAAGUUAGUUGCCAUGGUUGGUGAUGGCAUCAAUGAUGCUGCAGCUCUAGCUUUAGCUGACGUUGGAAUUGCAAUGGGUGGAGGUGUUGGUGCAGCCAGUGAUGUGUCUUCAGUUGUUCUCAUGGGCAAUAGGUUAUCUCAGCUUGUUGAUGCUCUAGAGUUAAGUAAAGAAACAAUGAGAACAGUGAAGCAAAAUCUUUGGUGGGCUUUUCUGUAUAACAUUGUUGGACUACCCAUUGCUGCCGGAGCAUUGUUGCCAGUGACAGGAACGAUGCUGACCCCGUCGAUAGCUGGAGCUCUGAUGGGUUUUAGUUCAGUCAGUGUGAUGGCCAAUUCCUUGCUUUUGAGGGCGAGGAUGAGUUCAAGGCAGUCAAUUCAUCAUGUUCAGACCAGGCAAAAGCCCCGCGACACCCUUUCUGGUGUAUCAGAUGGAGCUACCGAGGCAGAGCAAAACUACCCAUCAAAAUGGAGGAGCACCUGACUGAACUCCCAGAUAUCAUGACAUACUGGAUACUUUAUGAACAUUUUACUUUAAUUCAGCCACACUGUAAUAGGGGAGGGAACACGAAAGAUACAUUAAUCACCACGAGUCCGAAACAGUGUGAUGUAGAAGUUCUUCCAAAGCGUGGUGGUUCUAGGAAAACUCACACGUGAUCAAAGUUACAAUACAGAAUUCUUUGGGUGAUUUGGGCGGAAUA